AGGAUGAUAUACCUUGGAUGUUUCCUGUUUCUCUUUGGGAUUACGCAUGUCAUGGCAAGUUAUCCAAUCUGGUGGUCCCUGGCGGUGGGCCACCAGUACUCGUCGCUGGGCACUCAGCCCAUCCUGUGCGGCAGUAUCCCCGGCCUGGUGCCCAAGCAACUGCGCUUCUGCCGCAACUACGUGGAGAUCAUGCCCAGCGUGGCCGAGGGCGUGAAGAUGGGCAUCCAGGAGUGCCAGCAUCAGUUCCGCGGCCGGCGCUGGAACUGCACCACCAUCAACGACAACCUGGCCAUCUUUGGACCGGUGCUGGACAAAGCAACCAGAGAGUCUGCCUUUGUGCAUGCCAUCGCCUCUGCUGGUGUGGCCUUCGCCGUGACGCGCGCCUGCGCCGAGGGGUCGGCCACCAUCUGCGGCUGUGACACGCGGCACAAGGGCCCGCCCGGGGAGGGCUGGAAGUGGGGAGGCUGCAGCGAGGACGUGGAGUUCGGCAGUAUGGUGUCCCGAGAGUUCGCCGACGCCCGGGAGAACCGGCCAGACGCACGCUCGGCCAUGAACCGGCAAAACAACGAAGCUGGACGGGUGUCCAUCACUGACCACAUGUACCUGAAGUGCAAGUGUCACGGCCUGUCGGGGAGCUGUGAGGUGAAGACGUGCUGGUGGUCCCAGCCUGACUUCCGGGUGAUCGGCGACUACAUGAAGGACAAGUAUGACAGCGCCUCGGAGAUGGUGGUGGAGAAGCACCGGGAGUCGCGCGGUUGGGUGGAAACCUUGCGGCCCAAGUACACCUUCUUCAAGCCGCCCACCGACCGUGACCUGGUCUACUAUGAGAACUCGCCUAACUUCUGCGAGCCCAACCCAGAGACGGGCUCCUUCGGCACCAGGGACCGCGUCUGCAACCUGACCUCGCACGGCAUCGACGGCUGCGACCUGCUCUGCUGUGGCCGGGGCCACAACACCCGGACAGAGAAGCGCAAGGAGAAGUGCCACUGUGUGUUCCACUGGUGCUGCUACGUCAGCUGCCAGGAGUGUGUGCGCGUGUAUGACGUCCACACCUGUAAAUAAUGAGCCGUAAAAAGGCAUAGCCUGGCAAGGCACAGCGCGGCCCUCCCUACUACUGACCAAAACCAAACUUCAUUGUCCACCAAAACAGCGAGGGCGUCAAACACCCAGGGGACAUUAGGAUGAGAUUUGUGUGGAUAAAAAGAAAGACAGACAAACACUGGUCAAGUUAAGCUUACUACUCCGUGGAGUCACCCACCAAGGACCAGGCACUCACCUCCAUGGUCCUGUUGGUCAUGUGAUGCUGAAACAUCAUGGAAGGACAUGACUUUCUGUAGGCUUUGCAACUUUCUCUCUGAGAACAAGGCAUGGCUUCAUUCUAACCAUACCAUGUUUGAGUAAAUGAAACGUGAAUAAGGAUAAUAAGGGUGUUGUACUCCUCGGACAAGUAGAAGUCACCUGGACAGAAUGGGCCUCGAACACAGGGAGACAUAUUACAAUUGUCGCAUAGCCUCUGUGAUCUAAAAACUGUUGAUGAAAAAUGCACUGACAACGUGACAUCUCUUGUCAAAACCAUCAGUGACAGUUUAAGUUCCAUUUCAAUACUGAAAGGUACUCAAAGCACAUAUGCUUUUUUUUCUGUAUGAAAUAUUUUUUGUGAGUACAAGGUAGUUCUCGACAGGUGCAACUAUAUUAGAGUUAGCUUAAAGACUACACAGAAAGCAUAAUGUACUCAUUUUACCUAUGUGAGUGUUAUCAAACAUGUUGACUGAGUGAGUGAGUGUCUCUGUGUCGAGAAUAGUGUUAGCUUUUUACUAACCUUUUGGUAAGAAUGCACUUGCACCUGAGCGAAUGUAGUGUUAUUGCAUUGUUUCUCUCUCUGUAUGUGUGUGUGUGUGUGUCUGUCUGUCUGUCAGUCUGUGUGCAUGCAUUUGUAUGUGUCUUUCUCUGUGUCUGUCUCUGUGUCUGCUGUAUGUACAGUAUAUAUUUACUUUAACUGCAUGACUCCAUGCACAUGUGCACAUGUGUCAUAUGUGAUGGCUUUUGUUGUGUCUUUGUUUUUACGUUACCUUAGCUUAGCUAAGUCUUACUGAUAAGUACAACAACCAACAAACAAUCUCCUCCUUAUGAGAUUAUUUGGACCCUUUAUUUUAACAGCUUGGUUCAGAUGCAUAAAAAUACUUUUGCCUAAUGCCCAAUACUAAAUUGAUCCUGUAUUAAGUAGGCUACUUUACUUUGGCUGCUGUCCAGGCAAGUGUCCUGACAUUCAGGUUGAAUGAAAGCCCAUCAGGGAAUUAUAAUGAUCUGAGGGAAGGACUGGCACUUCAUGAGAGGGAGAAAAGACAACCUCUUUGUGGUUGUGAAAUGUAAUCAGUAUUAGUGGUGUUCCAAAAUCCACUGUGUUUUACUAAAUUUGUGGAAUAGUGACAAUGAUGCUACACUAAUAACUUCAAACUUUUAUCAAGCAAAUGUUUUUAUGUAAUGUAUUUCUGAACCAUUGCUGUACCCAUUUCAUACAUAUCAAUCAAUAACCAACAUUAGAAUUCUGGACUUGUUAGACUGCUCAGGAAAGCAUUAACAAUCCUCAUGCACCCAAAUUAUCAAUGGCAGCACCAUUGAAAUUCCAACCAUGAAAUGCUGCUAAUGAAUUAACUGUGUGUGUGUGUGUGUGUG